AUCUUUUUUGUUCCAAGUGAACACAUCAGCUAAGUUUAUACAGGACUUCAAAUGUAUUUUUUAAAACCAGGUAGAAAGUCUGUAAUAGCUACUUAAGCCGCUACUUAUUUUUAACCUUAACCCGUUCAAAAUUUACAGUUAUCUUAUAUUAAAAAGACAUAUCCUAGUUUCAGUAUGCAAGCUUCAAAAUUUUGAUUGAUAAGUGCACCAAGCAUGUGAUGAAUAACCUAAAUUAAAAACUAAAAAUAUUAACCCAAACCUUGCCUUUGUUCAAUGGGGUUAUGGCAGGAGAAGAUCUUGAAACAUUGUGUACGUAUAUUAAUUGGUCGCCGUUUAGUUAAUUUUAGUCACUUCAUUAUAAUAACAAGAUAAAUUUUAAGAUGUAAACAUUUUAGAAUCGUUUACAAAUAAAGGAAUCCAUGUUUUUAUAUAGAAAAAUAAGAAGGGAAUGUCUGCUUAUUUUUUUCAAGUCAGCGAUAUGAUUAGAAAGUCUACAAUUGGUAAAAAAAAAAUUAAUUUAAAUUUAAACUAUUCAAAUAAUUACUUACACCGAAUUUUUAAUGUACUGUUACAAUCCUACAAUGCACAUUGCUCCAUAAUUUUAUAACAUGGGACAACAAUGCUCCGUUUAAACAGAAAAUCUAAUUUUGUCUCCUCUUGAGGCGUGUCCAUCCAGGUGUGACCAGCAUUGGUGAGCAACAUCCUUCCCAUUCGCUGCUACAAAAUGUUAUCUAACGCCGUGGCAUUUUAUGGAUGCAUGGCUCUGGUUUUUAUUUGGGGUAAGUCUUAUUUUAAUUUUUCUCUUUGUCAACUCAGUAACUUCUUAGAUACAUACUCUGGUUCUUAGCAGCAUAUCUUAAUCUGUCAAGGGUCUCUGCGCACGAUAUUGUAGUGAAAACAGUAACGCGAUUUUGUAUUUAUUUAUUUAUUUUUUUUUAUGAAAGAAAAUAAAAUUAACUUAUCUAUAGUUUUGAACGAAUGGAAAAAAAAACAACUUUAGUGAGCAUUGAGUGGGUAAGGGAACAAAUCCAGGGAAAACUUAAAGUUACUUGCCAGCUAACCAAAGUAAACUUACGUUUUCAAGUAAAUUUGUUGCGCUAAAAAUAAUUUUUAACUGCACCUUCUUUCAAGAGAAUAACACUGAGAGCUGAAUUUUCGUCGUAGAGGAGAAACUGUGACUCCGGGUAUAGCUUUUCGCCAUAGAGGAGAAACUGUGACUCUGGGUAUAGCUUUUCGUUAGAGCAGCACGCGUAGACAUCUUUUCCACAACCAAAAAUUGUUCAAGCAAUGCUAAUUCUUUAGGUAGGACAUCCUGGGGAAAAAGGUAGAAAAUAAGUUACCACCGCUUACACCCCCGAGCAUCGUCUUUUUACUUGAUAUAGAAAGCUUUUGUCCCAGAAAGAAAUGUGGGACGAUAACCAAUCAAGAUUUCAGCGAUGGUUUGUUUGAAUGAUUCGUCUGGUCUUACCUUGAAUCUUAAGACAAGAACUUUUACAAAUGGCUAUUCUGCAUCUUAUAAAAUAACAGUAAAAUGCCACCAGGGGCUCACCCCCACUUCCCCCCACCCCCUUCCCUCUCUUACAAGACCACAAGACUGCAAUAAUUCAGGCCAGUUACUGCUUUGAAAUAUUAAAACAAGUAACCAUUCAACGGGCUCCAUAUUACGUCUUGGCCGUCAUUGAAACUUCGACAGUUCGAAAUAAAGAUGUGAGACCAAUACAUUAAAUAGUAGAAUGACCCUUUUUUUCGUUAUCAAUGUAUUUCUUUAGGUGUCAACACUUUUGUACACACCCUGGAAACUGUUGAAAACUGCCUGGAGAGAAUUGAAGAGUGCAAGAAAAUUGCAACAACGGAUGAGGAGAUGGUGUAAGGGAAUCAUAUUUUUUUAAAAAAAACUUUUGCCCUAUCUAAUCAAGUUUCAACCUCAAGAACUUUUAGUAUUGUGUACUUUAAUAUAUAUCUUAAAUGAAAUAGUGUAGGAAGGAGAAGAAGGUAGAGUGGGCGCGAUCCGCCUGCGGCAAUAUCUUAUUCUGUUUGUAGUAAGGGGGGAGCAUAUUUUCGGCUGGUCUGCAGUGAUGUUAAAAAAAAUGGGGGGGGGGGGGGGGGGAUUAGCUAAGUUAACUCAAAACAGAUAAUAAAAAUUUUAUGAGAGGUUUUUUUUUUUCAGAAAAAGACAAAUGGAUCUAGCUGAAUGCUUUACGAGGUUCAUGUGCAAGGACAGUGAAGACGAUGCAAGAAUAAGAGAAAUGUUGGAUUUAGGACGCAGGAUUUCCAGUAUGCAUUUCUUCUGUUAUAAUGUUUGUUUUACUGAGAGCUAUUGGAUGGUUAGAGUUAAGACCUUUUAAACUGCUUUCUUCUUUACGUCAAUGUUUAUGCCAUUGGCAUCGCUCUAUUCUCAUAACUCAUCAGUCUUUGCUCUUCACUUGGGCAAUGAUGCACAGCUCUCUGCACUCUGUCAUCUGAGAAGAGAAAGAGAGAGGGAGAGAGAGUGGCAGAGAGACAGAGAGAAAAUGCUUAGACUAAAUGAGCUUUACAUACGCAUGGGUGCCUACUUAUCACGAGUACAUUUCGUGGGUUAAGUUUUUCCACUGACUUCAUCCAUUAAGUGGGACGUUCAAGCCAGGCGCAUUGUGUUAAAAUUGUGAACAUGAUUCUCAGACAUUCCGUAUCGCUCAGCAUGAUUAAAGUCCAGAUUAUUUUUUUUUCUUUUUGAUUUGUAACAACUCACAAAAACUGGCUCACAUUGUCAAGCUCUUUACAUCUUAUAUAUCUCUGUUCAUGUUCAAAGACAUUUUAUAAUAAAAAUUGAACUAUAGAUACUCAAAUAAAUGAUUGUUCAGAUAAAAUAAUUGAAAAUAUAAAAUCUAUUGAAUAGAUCGAAAGUUAGUGAAUUUUUUGAAAAAAAUUAGUUUAUGUAACAAAGACAACAUUUAAAAUGUGAUAAAUGUGUUAAAAUGUGUUAAAAUGUGUUUCAGUGGUGGCAGAAAAGUUCGCGAAUCCAGGAAUCGACCCUAGGCCCUCAAGUUUGGCAUUGACCAUCAGCAGUUCCUACAAGACAUUGGUGAUCAGUGCUGUCACAGCGUUACUUAUAGCUUCGAUCUAAAUGAACACUCAACACGCCAUAAAUGUACUCAAAUGGUAAGCUUGAAAAAAUGUUUUAUUAAAGAAAAGAAAUAACUUCAUCAAGAUGAGGGGAACAAGGCUUAUAUCCUGUCUUUUUAAAGAGGUUUAAGGAAAGCAAUUAGACAUUUCGAGAUGACUGAUUCAGAACAAGCUUAAAUAUCAUAAUUGGGAAGUAUAUUUUAGGACCCACUUUUUAUUUUCAUUAGCUAAACAUUAAAACUUUAAAAUAAAAUGUAUUGAUUGAUUUAGUUAAUCAUAAAUGAAAAUUAUAUUAAUAUAAAUACG